AUGUCGACUAUCUUGGACCAGCUGGACGCGCUGGCCGCGCGUCCGACGCCUACCAGUUCGCAGUCAACCUCGUCCGAUGUUGAGAUCGUGGACUGUGCGCUCCCAGUGGGUAGGUCCGCCGCACCGCUCGCCAAUCGCACUGCAAGCAUAAUCAACAAGUCCCCCGGUGGUACAAAGCGCAAGCGCGCCACCAUCCCCGCCGACGAUAAAGCCAACAAAGCAAAACCUUGCUCGUCCCCAUCUUCCUCUGUCAUGUCUUCUGCCACUCCAACACCUGCCCCCGCCGCUGCCACACCUGCAUCCGCUGCUCUUGCCACGGCGCCUACGGUGCCACCACAGCCUGCCGCCACUCCACCGCUGCAGCCAGAGCGCUUAUACGACUACCGCGACUUCGAUCCGCCACCCAGGCUCGGUGCGUGCACCACUGCUAUCUACGUCUAG